AGCUGAUUGUUCUCUCCGCUCACUAUCCUUUCUUUAAUUAGUUUAUUUGUUUAUUUUUCUUCCUCCAUUAACAAUUUUCUCCCAUCUUUUCUUUCAUUCAUCUGCAUUCUGCUCUCACACUUCCACGCAUAACCACUCUUAUUUUGACUCUGUGGCUCGAUCCCUUCUACCUUGUGCCCGUUCAACCGUACAUCCGUCCGCUGUCUCUCCACGUGGGUUGAAAAGUAUGCUGGUAUAUUAUCCUGUGCUGCCACUGUCAUGUCCGCCGACAUGUCUGCUCCAUCGGUGAGGAAGAAGAAGUCGUUUGCACGGACCUCCAAACCGAGCACCAGGAUGUGUAUUCGGGAACAAAGGGAUAUCAUAACCAUGUCAUCUUCAGAGAUGUGCUGGCCGGUGCCAAUGCGAGCCAUCGGGGCUCAGAACCUCCUCACCAUGCCGGGAGGCGUUUCCACUGCGGGAUACCUCCACAAGAAGGGAGGCAGCCAGUUCAGCCUAAUGAAAUGGCCACUGAGGUACAUCAUCAUCCACAAGGGCUGCGUGUACUACUUUAAGAGCAGUACCUCUGCUGCACCACAGGGGGCGUUUUCUCUCAAUGGCUACAACAGAGUGAUGAGAGCAGCGGAGGAGACAACAUCGAGCAACGUCUUUCCUUUCAAGAUCGUCCACUUCAGUAAGAAACACAGGACGUGGUUCUUCUCGGCAGCCAGUGAGGACGAGAGGAGGAAAUGGAUGCGAUACCUUCGGAGGGAAAUAGACCACUAUAACGACAGGAAAGAGGCCCUCCUGCCAAGUGACUCAGAUUCAGAUGCAGACAGUUUCUAUGGUACAAUCGAGAGACCGAUGGAUAUUAAACAUCCUGUCGAUACCACUGAAAUUGAUUAUGGUGAGGACGAUGAUGAUGAUGACGAUGAAGAGGACUAUCUGAAGCCAGACAAUGACUGUUCCCCAUCGUGUCCAGGUCGACCCACAGGUCCACCGCCCUCUUACCCUCCUCCACCCGUGCCAGUCUCCCAGCGUCAGGACUCCAGUCUAGGUUUCCACAAAGUCCUGCCCCCUCCCAUCCCGUCACAACACAAAACCCCAGCCUCUCUGCUCCCCAAGAAACCUCCACCUUCUGCACUCCCUCCAUCUCCUUGCUUAAAGAAGGACUCUAGCAAAGGCCCACCUCCACCUUUACCUUUUGGCCCUUCGGUCCCUCCACCUCUUCCUUCCAAUUUAAAGAAACCAGGCAGGUCGACCUCCGUGGGGGUGACGGGCAAUGAGAGAGACAGGAGGCCUACGCCGGCCGUGUUGGUCCAGUCACCGGCUACUCUGCCCAUCUGUGAAAAACUAGAGACCAGGAUGGUCCUAAAUGGUCCCAGCCCCUGUCCCCCUAACUCUGGAGGGAGCCAGUCACUGGGAAGCAACUACCACCGCAAUAAACCAAACCUGCCGAUUCCACCAAAUCCAUUCCUUAGUCCGACAUCCUCCAGUCACCCAGCACUGCCUGGCCACGCUCCACCCUCUCCACUACUUAAACUACACAAUAAACCAUCGAUAACCACACCUCCUGUAAUAGGAGUCAAACCUCUGCUGCCUGCGACCAAGACCAGGUCACCGGGAACACCCUUCCAAAGAACAUCUCCAGAGGGCCAGAGCUUCCGUUCCCUCAGCACUGAAACCCCUGCGGAUUUCAGGAGGAAACACGACUCAACCAAACACGGUGGAGGAGACGACUCUGACGAUGACUAUGAGAACAUGCAGCUGCCAGACUCUGCCUUCAUCGACUCAAAUGAAACCAGCUUCGUAGAAAAGUUAUUCAAAGAGAGUCCGACUCCUCCGGAGGAUGGACUGUACGCCAUCAGAAACUCAGGAACUAAAACAGCAAAGGUGCUGGUGGUGUGGGACAUUAGCAUAGGCAAAGCCAGAAACUACAGACUGUUUGAAGAGGAUGACUGCAUAUUUCUGGAAGCUGAUGUGACCUUCCCCAAUCUGUGUACGCUGAUCGAACACUACCACUGCCAUCCUCUUCCUCACCACGGCUCACUGUGCCUGCAGAUGCCCUACACAAAGACAUGAGCGCCUGCAGGGGCAGCUCCCUGAACUGUAACUGAAACCAGAGGAAGAAGCAGCUGGAAUCAGUCUGUGUCACAGUGCAGAAAACUCUGAUGUGCUCUGGAAUGCACCGUAAACAUGGAGAAAACUAUACGAAGUAGACUCUGACAAAGCUACACUCAAACAUCUUUAAAGAACAUCAGAAAUCUGCUGUAAAUUCCUGCUGCUUUAUGCAUGCUGAACAAGCCACAGACCUGCCCGGCCAGUCUGACAGUCGUGAUGUGUUUUGACCACAAAGGGGCGCUGUGACACCAAAUGCUUUAAAAAGAAGUCGUGCUUCUGCAUUGGCCCUGCAAUGGUCUAGCAAACUGCCCAGGAUGGACCAGCACUCCAGCAAAUAGAUAAGGGGUUAGGGGAUGGAGUGUUGGAUGGAUGGAUGGAUGGAUGGAUGGAUGGAUGGAUGGUUGGAUGGAUGGUUGGAUGUUUAACAAAUUAAAAGCACAAUCUUAUAUUUGAUCAACUUAUACUGUACACAUAACAUAAAUAGCAUCUCAAAGCUUUGAAUGGUAUUUAGAAAUUAAUUUAAUUUAAUUAUGCACUUUUGUCAUUAAGAUUCAUAUAUUUUAAUUUUGGGGUUAAAAUGAAAGUUCAGCCAUAACUGCCAAUUCUUUGGAUUUAAAUGAAAUUCAGGUUUUCAUAAAGUUUAUCCAAAAGCCAACAUUUAACUACAUUAAUGCUGGUGGUGUGUAAGUGUGCAUAUUAGGACAGACCGGCUCUCCGUUUUCAGACUCCAGUCUGUCCACUUUAUGGCCCGAAUGACUACGAUUCAUCAUCCCAAACAGAUGCAGCUAACUGAGCAAACUAUCGGCUUUAUCUUUGUGUCGUUUACAGGCUAACUCCUUCCUCUGGGUGCACAGUCCAAAACUACUACCUGCGAUAAAUGCUUAUGCUUCAGAAAUUAAUUAACAUUAGAAAAAGUUUGACAUUACAGGCUGGAACUGUCUCUUUGUCAGGUUUCUGAU